AGGCAUUACCGUAUUUGCACGAGCAUCACGAUACAGGAGCGCUAGAUCUACCCAACAUCAGAUGCGAAUGUGCCUUCCACCAGGCAGAUUACUGGGAUUCAAAACUACAUAGGCUGUUCAUUGCAUCAUGUCUAGCCCUCAGCAGCCGGUUCAUAAGAGGAGGACGACAGGGGAGGAGGACGACGACGACAUCGAUCCAAUGGUAGAUCAGCAGGGGUGCGGGAAAGUUUACGCCAAGUUGGAGGAGUGUUUAGCUGAGCACGACAGAGACUGGCGGCAAUGUCAAAAAGAGGUGAUGGCGCUGAGGGAGUGCUACGCUUCAGCUACUGCGUCGGCAGCAAAGAAGCCGGCGAAAGGGUCUUCCAAGGGGGGGUGAAGCAUGAGUAGACACGAGGACCCCCCGAAACGGGGGUUGAAUCCGUUCGCCGAGCCGCGCCCGUCAUCCAGAGAAGAGCUGGUAUCAUUCUAUGCGCAAGCGCGGGCAGCUCUUGACAGACUGACAGCAUCUCGCCGUCAACGUCUUACCCGCGAGUGAGACCGUCACGACCUCAGACCGUCCUGCGUGCAGCAAGCUGUUCCUGCUUUCGUGCGAUGAUCCACCUUCCGUUGUACGGAUUGGUGAGACAAGCGAGCGCUCCGUCAACUUUACUCAAAGGUUCUUCUCAUCUCCUUCAAAACGGUGGCAUCCGCACAGGACACCGUUAGUUGAGGCUGUACAUGAGGGCUUUCAGUGAGACGGCUUAGUCUUUCGGGCUUGAGUAGGUUGUCAGCUCAUAAGAAGGACAACCGGAAGCAGUCUGACGGCCCAGACUCUUCGGGCCUGGUGUCCUCAGUAAAAAAAUGGGGCCUCGCGUCAACAUGCACGACUAUCAAGUCAACAGUUUGAUCAAAACUUGAAAGCCCGCGGGAGCUGGAGUGGUAACAUAUGAUGCGGUCUGGUGAUCCAAAGCAAUCAGU